GGGAUGGAGGACAGCCAAUCAAGGAGAUUAGCCAGACGGAAGCCGCGAGGCUCCCGGAAGCCCUCCCGAGGUUCUGACCGGAAAGCGGAAGCGGGCGCAGCACGUGGGGGCGUUGCCGGUCGGACGGCUUUGCGUCCCUUUAGGUUUUUGGAGGUGAGCCUGCCGGCGGCAACGGCCUAGCGCCGGGGGCGGAGCGCGAGGAACUGGAGGGACGCUGCGGAGCUCUGAGACCCGCUGAGCAUCAUGGAGAGCUCUGAGGAGCAACCAGGCCCACAGCCACAGUAUCCCGGGAAUCACUGCAUCCGCGACGGCGACUUCGUGGUGCUGAAACGGGAAGAUGUGUUUAAAGCAGUGCAAGUCCAGCGGAGAAAGAAAGUAACUUUUGAAAAACAGUGGUUCUAUCUGGAUAACGUCAUUGGCCAUAGUUAUGGAACCACAUUUGAAGUGACCAAUGGAGGAAGUCUUCAGCCUAAGAAGAAGAAAGAAGAGCCUACUUCAGAAACCAAAGAAGCGGGCACUGAUAAUCGAAAUAUAAUUGAUGAUGGAAAAUCUCAGAAACUUACUCAAGAUGACAUAAAAGCUUUAAAGGAUAAAGGCAUUAAAGGCGAGGAAAUAGUUCAGCAAUUAAUUGAAAAUAGUACAACAUUCCGAGACAAGACAGAAUUUGCUCAAGAUAAAUAUAUAAAAAAGAAGAAAAAGAAAUAUGAAGCCAUGAUUACUGUUGUGAAGCCGUCCACCCGUAUUCUUUCAGUUAUGUAUUAUGCAAGAGAACCUGGAAAAAUUAACCACAUGAGAUAUGAUACACUCGCCCAGAUGUUGACAUUGGGAAAUAUCCGUGCUGGCAAUAAAAUGAUUGUGAUGGAGACGUGUGCCGGCUUGGUGCUGGGUGCAAUGAUGGAACGAAUGGGAGGUUUUGGCUCCAUUAUUCAGCUCUACCCUGGAGGUGGACCUGUUCGGGCAGCAACAGCAUGUUUUGGUUUUCCAAAAUCUUUCCUCAGUGGUCUUUAUGAAUUCCCCCUCAACAAAGUGGACAGUCUCUUAAAUGGAACAUUUUCUGCUGAGAUGUUGUCUUCAGAGCCGAAAGACAAUGCUUCAGCUGAAGAAAGUAACGGCACACUGGAGGAAAAACAGACUUCUGAACAAGAGAAUGAAGAUAGCGUAGCAGAGGCCCCAGAGAGCAAUCACCCAGAAGAACAAGAAAGAAUGGAAAUUGUCUCUCAAGAUCCAGACUAUAAGGAGCCUAAAGACAGUGGAAGUAAAAAGGAUUAUAUUCAGGAAAAGCAGAGGAGGCAAGAAGAGCAGAAGAAAAGACAUUUAGAGGCUGCUGCUCUGCUGAGUGAAAGAAACGCAGAUGGGUUAAUUGUAGCUAGUCGUUUCCAUCCCACUCCACUGCUGCUGUCUUUGCUGGACUUUGUGGCUCCUUCAAGGCCAUUUGUGGUCUACUGCCAGUAUAAAGAGCCUCUGUUGGAGUGCUACACAAAACUUCGGGAAAGAGGAGGGGUCAUCAACCUCAGGCUGUCUGAAACUUGGCUCAGAAAUUACCAGGUUUUGCCAGAUCGAAGUCAUCCCAAACUACUGAUGAGCGGAGGUGGAGGGUACCUUCUCUCAGGCUUCACUGUUGCCAUGGACAACCUUAAAGCAGACCCCAGUCUCAAAUCUAGCACCAGCACUUUAGAAUCUCACAAGACUGAAGAGCCAGCAGCUAAAAAACGGAAAUGCCCAGAAUCUGACUCUUAACCUUUUAAAAAUUGCUUUGAUUUUUGUUCUCAGACAUUAUACAGUUAGUAAGUAAACCUUAAAUGCCAUUACUAAUUGUGUUUUCAUAUCCUAAGAAUAAGAACGUGUUUAUACACCUGUUCCCAGGAAGGACAAGUAAGCCUUUUGUCCACCUCUGACAUAGCUAGGUUUGGACUGUCAAAACCUUGAGCCAAAAUACCUAAGCCUGGGGUAAGCAGUGGUCUGGUAUAUGGCCAAUUCUGUUUAUUUCACAAAAAUCCUUUAAGUACUUUCAGUACUCUGUGCAAAUUUCUUGAGAAUUUAGAGAUAAAAGAAAUAUAUUUAUAUAAAAUUUUGUUUAUAGGUUAAGCUAAGUGGAAUAACACACCAUCAGUGAAACUUGGGUACUAUAAAGAAGGAGUUUGUGCAAGAAAUUUCCUCUCUUCAUUACGUUCUCUUCAACCUAAGCAAUAUGAAUGUGUGUGAGAUUUACAGUACCAAAAAUGUCCAUCCUUUUCCUUUCAAUGGAAUAAACUUUUAAAAAAUAUUUUACUAUUUUAAUAGUUGAUGACCUGGAAAAACUCUUGAGUAUUUAUUUUAUUGCUGUUUUUGUGAGUAGGUGUAGUAGGGUACUUCUUUGCAUUAAUUUGCCAAAUCUCUCAUUCUUUUGUUCAAAAUAAAGUGACUAGAAUUUUUAUAUACUAUUAAAGGAAGCAAAUGGUUUUUUCUCUCCCCAGAGACUUAUGGAGAUAGAUAGUUAUAUAUAUGUGAAUGUUGGUAUAUGUACAUAUAUAUACUUAUGUACACCCACAUGCACAUGGAGACAGAGAGAAUGCACUGUAUAUAUGAACUAUAGCAAAGUUUAGUGCAGGGCUUAGACCAGUCCUCAUUGCAUUAGUGUCACUCCUUGUCAAAUGUAUUUUAAAGUGCCUUUUUUGGUCAUUAUUAAUGCUGGUUUGUUGAGCUCUGGCAUGACUGGGGUUAGCCUUUCUAAGCUCUGAAAAAAAAUGUAAUCAAAUUAUUUUGGUCAUCUGCUGCAGCCAAGAAAAAAUGUUUAGAGGAAGUCAAGGCUCUUGUCCAUUGAUAAUCUGAGUCUUGCUCAUUAAACAUGUUCAUCAUGUAUGUUGUUAAUGUCAUUAUAGAAUAGAUGUGGAUCAUCCAGCAAGGAGCAUCUCAAAAGGAAAAAAGAUUGCUCUUUCCUAAUGUACUAUUCUAAAAAUGGCCAGUUGUGAUUACCAACAAGUGCAGUUCUGAUUCCUCUUUCUUAAAACAAUUGCUUUUAAGGAAUAAAAGCAUUUUGUACUAUGA